CAGAGGAUUUGAUGAAGCAUGAUAGCAAAACAUAGGAGUCAGAUCAUCUCCUGCCUCCCUGUCUCUCUCCUCCCUCUUCUCAUCCCAAGACAGGGCUGGGCCAAACGGUAGGUGGUGCAGAAGAGAAGCCUGGACAUGGGAUUUCCAAAACCCUUUCCUUUUGACUCUGCACUGGACAAGCAUGAAGGAGCAAUACAACCCAAAUAUGAGCUCAGGUGUUACAGCAAUACCAUCUCAAGGCGUUUGUCAUUGAAUAAGGAUCCCGGUGUGCUUAAAGUGAGAAAGGAGCUGUCCAAUCAGAUGAGUCAAAAGAGAAGAAAAAAAAGCCACUUUCUAAUUGCCGGAUCACACAUUCAACGUUAGGAAUGAUGUGCCUCAAAUGGGGCAAAAGUCAAAGUUGAUUUAAAGACAUGGAACAGCCUCUGUUUUUCAUCAAUAAUUUACUGGCAGAUGAAACUUGAUGUCAGUAUGGAGUCAAACAGCCCAUUCAUGCUUUACUUACUUAACCGCUGUCAGCAUGUUGAUACAGCAUAGAUGAAUAUCCCUUCAAGGAGAGAACACUGGGAACUGGUGUGGUGUAAUGAUGUAGCUGCUGGAUGUGACUUACAUGUGGCUUAUGAUUUAAAACAGGUUGACCUGAAUCAGCAUGGAAGAUAGGUUAUCUGCUCUGAUCUGGAUAUAUAAUAACACCACAAAGGAACUGAACACUUCACUCAGAAACACCACUACGAGUGAAAACUCUGAAAGAUACCAGUUUUACAUGAUUGGCCUCUUUCUGUCCUGCCUGUACACCAUCCUUCUUUUUCCCAUUGGAUUUAUUGGGAACAUCCUGAUUUUGGUGGUUAACCUGACUCACAGAGAAAAGAUGACCAUUCCUGAUCUCUACUUUGUUAAUUUGGCUUUGGCCGACCUCAUCCUGGUGGCAGAUUCCCUCAUUGAGGUUUUCAACCUGAAUGAGAAGUACUACGACUACGCCAUCCUCUGCACCUUCAUGUCCCUCUUCCUGCAGAUCAACAUGUACAGCAGCAUCUUCUUCCUGACAUGGAUGAGCUUCGACAGAUACAUUGCCUUGGCCAGCUCUAUGAGCAGAUGCCCGAUGAGGACUAUGCAUCACGCCAAGCUGAGCUGUGGCCUCAUCUGGAUGGCCUCCAUCUUGGCCACCCUUCUACCCUUCACUAUUGUACAGACCCAACACAGGGGAGAGGUACACUUCUGCUUUGCCAAUGUCUCUGAAAUCCAGUGGUUGGAGGUGACCAUCGGCUUCUUGAUCCCCUUCUCCAUCAUUGGUCUCUGCUACUCCCUAAUCGUUCGAAUCCUCAUGAGGGCCCAGAAGCAUCGUGGGUUGUGGCCGAGGCGACAGAAGGCCCUGCGCAUGAUCGUGGUGGUGGUUCUGGUGUUCUUCAUCUGCUGGCUGCCAGAAAAUGUCUUCAUAAGCAUCCAGCUGCUGCAGGGCACCGCCAACCCAUCGAAGAGGACUGCUACCACCCUGUGGCAUGACUACCCACUCACAGGCCACAUUGUUAACCUUGCAGCAUUCUCUAACAGCUGCCUUAACCCCAUUAUCUACAGCUUUCUCGGGGAAACCUUCAGGGACAAACUGCGCCUCUUUGUCAAGCAGAAGGCCAGCUGGUCCGUAGUGGAUCGCUUCUGCCACCAUGGCCUUGAUUUACACCUCCCUGUCAGGGACAAAGUUUCAGAGGUAUUUGCUGCGGCAAAGACAAAAGGGAACUGAUAUCGACAAACGAUGACAGCUUUUGAGCGAGAUAAGUCGAAAUAAAAGGGGUAGUAUACUCUGCCAUCCAAGAUACAAACCCUCCAGAGCGUUUUCUGGGCAAGAGGGAUCACCUGUAAGAAUCAAAGGCUCCUUUAAAGCUGAAGCCAUCUCAUAGAGGAAGUGCUCCAUCACACUAAAUCUAUUAAAGUUAUCUGUUUGAGCUACAGGAGCUAGAUGGGUCAUUUCAAUUACAAAAACCACAUGUCCCUUCCAGUUUGAAAAGUAAAAAUAGCCUUUAUCAA